CGUAGUAAACAAAGACUUUUAUUCGGGAUAGAAAGACAAUCCAGCGGAAACAUUGUAACUAUGGAAUGUCAAUGCCUUAUGCACGUUGCCGGGAAUGAAGGAGAACACACAGAACCAUUUACCCAAACGAGGUGGGAAACUUUUCGUAGUUUUUGCCGUGUUUGGGCUGAUUUAGCCGGUGAUGAACGGACGAUUGCCGAUAACGCACUUCCCCUCCUCUCCUUCGAAUAUGAUGAUAUACCAAGCCACAUUGGCUACCACCCGACCUGUUAUCGCCGAUUUACCGACAGGAAGCGAAUAAAUGCUGCCCAGAAACGAAAGCACAAGCCCAUAUCUGAUGAACAGGACAUUACUAAGUUUCCCUAUAUCCAAUCACCAAAACGUCUGAGAUCAAGAGAAGACAUCGCCAUCGGAUUUGCCCCUCCUCAACAAGACAAUCCAAAAGCUGGUCAUAGCCAGCCAAGAAAACAUGUGCUGCCAGCUGUCUGCAUUAUAUGCAAAAAAAGAGAAAAGUUUGAGACUGUCAGGAAUUCUCGCCAGAGGGUGAAACUUGUCAAGGCAGAGACUGUUGAUGGUGGAUUGCUGCGAAAAGCAGCCGAAGCAAAAAAGGAUGAGAGUGUGCUUGUACACAUAAGAGAUAAGGACUGUGUAGCUCUUGAGGUCUCCUAUCACAGAACCUGCUAUGGAUCAUAUACCAAAUUCUUGACAAGAUCUAAAUCAGAAAGUCAGACACCAGAUGGAAGAUUGUCUGCAGGUUACAAAGAGUUUUGCAGAACUGUUGUUCAACAGAGACUGAUAAGUAACCAGGAAGUUCUACGAAUGUCAAAAUUGGUAAACAUCUUUAAAAGGACUGUCAAAGAAAAAGAAGGGAUCUCAAUUGAACAAUACAGGGCUGACUACUUGAAGGACAAAUUUCCCCAACUUCAAUUUCACCGGCCAUCCAGGAAAAACCUGAGUGAAAUUGUCUUCACAGACUGCUUAUCUGUCAUGGAUGAUAUGGUCCCAGAGUCUGAAACGGACAGUGUACAGACAGAAUCAACUGAGCAAGCUGAAGAUGAUGAAGGACUGGAUGCUGUCUGUGUGGCCACCAACAGCAUCUGA